UCGACUGUUAUUUUUUUGCGGUUGUUCUACUCUGAGGAAAGAAAAACACUGCAAAAUUGUCGCUAAAAUGAAUUUCAUAGAAGUAACCUGACUUGGUGGACUUUCGCCUCUUUAGAGGCGGGAUUAAAGUCCUCUAGAUUGAAUAAUAGCGACAUAAAAAGCCUUGUUUAUAGUGGAUGAGCCGUUUCGGAAGAACUUCAAAAACAUGACUGCGGGGUUUUGGUUUUACAAAUCCAUUAUGAAGUGCUAUAAUGGCUGUUUAUAACGUCUGCUGAGAUGUUGUCAUUAAGGCAAAGAAUCAAAGAGAAGUGGACCAAAACAGAAUCUAACUUAACAGAACAGAAAGAUGAGCGCGAGGUUCUGCGCUCUGAAGAACAUCAACGAACAGAAAGUAUUCCUUCGAGGGACACGGCUAGCUCUCUGGAGACGAGAAAUGUGGAAGAAAUGCCUGUUGAAUAUUUGCAUUUCAUUGUUGAUUUUAUCGGCUCUUCAACCAUCUCGGAAGCAAAGUCAGUUCAAAUUCUUUCCGAGACGUUGAAGCGAGUUAAAAAGCAAAAGCUGCGGACCAUUCGAGUUGACUUCACAAUCAUAGAUGGAAUUCUUAAAGUUCGUUGUGUUGAAUCUAACGCUCUUUUACUAACUGCUCCACUUUACGCUGUUGCUCUUUGUGCCCAAGAACAACUUCGAGGUUUUGAAAAAUGCUUCGCACUCAAUAUUACUCGCAAGAAACUGCACAUGUGUCAUGUGUUUGAAGCACGCUCACGGCUCGAGGCGGCCAGUGUAGUUCGUUCAGUUGCUGUUGCUUUCAAGACUAUAGGACGGCUACUUCGUGAGAAGCGUGGCAGAGAARAACGCCAGAAAAGAUCUCAAUCCAUUACCAGCUCUGAAAGGACACGUACUAACUCUGAAACAUCAACAGUAACAUCAAUUGAUGAAGCAUUAAGAGCAUCUCAGCGACGACAUGCACUAUACCGUGAGAAAAUGGACAGGGAAAGUAGUUCAUCAUCUUUACUGCGUUCUCCUAGGUCCAAACGAUCAAGAAGUCUAUCAAAGACUAGCCCUUCAUUCCUUAGACAUGGGGGAGCUCCUCACUUAUCUGGUCGACAUGUUGAGUUUUCAGCCUUGUCACCAGUCCCAUCUGAUAGCAGCGACAAUGAGGCUAAGAAAGACACACAAGAUAUCAUGGUCAAGGCUGAGGUGCAUAUUUCAUCACUACAAAUGCUGCCAUCACAUGUGUCASCUCUUGUCAAGACACCAGUCCAGAUACCAACAGAACCAACAUCACCACCACAAAUUCCAUUACAAACAACAGAACUACAAGUUGAACAAGGCAAGGAUAAAGUUCACAAACCUGCGAAGGCACCAUGUGAACAAACAGAAAGUGUUAAUGAGGGAUUGAGUAUUGCUGUUCCAAGAAUUGAAGAUACUAGUCCUGGUGGAUUUCUUGAUGUGGACAUGAACUUUAAACCUGCAUUAGAGUCUGUUCUGAGUGGAAAUACAACUGUCUUAGAGCGCUAUCUUGAUGAUGGUCUAUCAGAGAAUGCAAGUGACGCUGAUCAAAGAAGUCUACUUUUUCAUGCUAUUCUUCAUGGACAGUGUGAUGUUGCUGGUGUACUUCUCAAGCGUGGAGCUGAAGUGAACUGGGAAGGUCCUGAUGACAAGACUCCAUUGCACAUUGCAGCAAGUCAAGGAAACAGAACAGCAACUAAAAUAUUGCUGAGAUAUGGAGCUAAUGUCAGGGCCAAAGACAGUGCAUUUUGUACACCUCUCCAUCUUUCUGUUGGUCACAAGCAAAACCUUGAAGUAUCACAUCUGCUGGUGGAACAUGGAGCCAGAAUCAAUGAGAAUAGCUUACAGGGAGUUAGACCUGUUGACCUAGAACCACAACUGAAGGAGAUGCAAAGGCUUCUUGUCCAAUCAGCAUGUGAAGCUUUCACAGCUGACAUAUCAAAGUCAAGGUCAAACUCCAAUACCUCAUCCUACAACUGUCCAGCUGGAAGCACGAAGACUAAUCAGUCUCCUAGACUAGAACGCAUUGACUCACUCAGCAAGGGCCAUCGUUGGUCUAGCCUGUGUACUAUACCCAGAGGAGGACUGGUAAAGGGAAGCCCUGAAUCAUCUAGAAAUAUCAGGCGAUCUGAAAGUUUUAAUACACAACCAAUGUUUAGUCCACAGAUGGGACGAGGAAAGAGACCAUUACGGCGAUCACUGAGUUUUCAAAAGUGCACCAUGGACCAUGAAUUUCAACUUAAACUUGAUGCAAGAAUAGAAUCCAAUGUACAAGAAAAACUAUCACCACCCCCAUCGUCAAAUGCAGCUGGUUUACAAAGACCACUGUCACCACCCCCCUCAUCAAAUGCAGCUGGUUUACAGAGACCACUGUCACCACCCCCCUCAUCAAAUGUAGCUGGUUUACAGAGACCACUGUCACCAACCCCCUCAUCAAAUGCAGCUGGUUUACAGAGACCACUGUCACCACCCCCCUCAUCAAAUGUAGCUGGUUUACAGAGACCACUGUCACCAACCCCCUCAUCAAAUGCAGCUGGUUUACAGAGACCACUGUCACCACCCCCCUCAUCAAAUGUGUAUAUUAUAUUUACCACCAUGAUGGUGAGUUCAUGGUUCAUAAGAAUAGCCGCUGUCAAAACUGACAACGAAAGAAAUCAAUUGUUCUCAACAGGACGAGGAAAGAGACCAUUACGGCGAUCACUGAGUUUUCAAAAGUGCACCAUGGACCAUGAAUUUCAACUUAAACUUGAUGCAAGAAUAGAAUCCAAUGUACAAGAAAAACUAUCACCACCCCCAUCGUCAAAUGCAGCUGGUUUACAAAGACCACUGUCACCACCCCCCUCAUCAAAUGCAGCUGGUUUACAGAGACCACUGUCACCACCCCCCUCAUCAAAUGCAGCUAGUAUGCAAAGACCACAUUCGCCACCCCCUUUAUCAAGUGAAACAGGUAUACAAAGACCACUGUCACCACCCCCCUCAUCAAAUGCAGGUAGUAUGCAAAGGCCAACUUCACCAUCCAACUCGACAAGUGCAGUGGAUGUGCAAAAACACCCUUCAUCACCCCCUUUAUCAAAUGUAGAUGGUAUACAAAGACCACUGUCACCAACUCCCCUAUCAAAUGUAGCUGGUAUGUUACGACCACUGUCACCGCUCCCCUCUUCAAAUAUAGAAUACCUACUGUCAUCACCCCCCUUAUCAAGUACAGGUGCAGUUCCAUCAUCACCCUUGUCAUCAGCCACAGAGAAGACAGAUCUACAGCCAUGUACACCAGAACGACCUACUUCACCUUCACAUUUCUUUGCAGCAAAGACAAAGCUAAAGAAUAUAAAACAACACAGUGAAGACUCUGAGCAUUCUGGGGGGGCUGGUCAGCGCAGUAUAUCAGAGUAUGAAGACAGUUCAUAUAUGAGUGGGGGCUCACACAUCACCCAUGAUGAAGACCCUAUCAUUGACGCACUCAAGUCAAUUGUCUUGCUAUCUGGGAAUCCUGAAUGUCACGAGAGUUUAUUGGCCUACCUGUGUCUUCCUAGAUCAUCCUUACAGCUGAUUGGCUUGGCACACAUGCCAUCAGCCAUGAUAGCUGAUGAUGUAGCUGUCUUGAUUGGGAAUCUGUUCAAUCUGGAAGGUCCAGAAAGUAGAAAAAGAUCUGUAGAAGCAGGGCUUAUUAAAACAGUCUUAAAACUUGUUGAUGGAGUUGAACCCAUACAAAGUACCUGCUUGUCAAUACUGUACAAUAUUCUUGAUUUUGACAAUGAUCGUGAGUACUCCACUGCUCUACAAAGUAUUCCUGUUGGACCAUUGUUAAACCUCCUUCAUAUCAGCGAUACAGACAGUGCCUUUGAUACCCAUGCAACAGACUCUCCUCCUCCUUCUCACCAUCCCCCUGGUAGACGACGCAAAACAAGUUCUUGUAGCCAUGGAUCCUAUGAUGAUUGGCAGGUGUCAGUUAAGAGGAAUAAUUCUGGUGCAUCUGAUGUCAGGCCAGUCAGGUUAUACCAUAAAAGGAAUAGUAUUACUAGUAUGACCAGUUCUGGUGAAGGAGAUCAACCUCUCAGUAGUUCGUCGUAUGUGCAUGGUCAUCUGCCAUGGACCAGUAUUGGACCUGACAUGCAUAUUACUAAGAACUUACCACGAUUAGUUGCAACAAAGAUGCUUGCCGCUACCACAAUGAAUCCUAAAAUGCAACGAGAGCUUGGUAAUGAUGUGCCUUUGACGUUGAUGAUGGAGACAUUACAAGAUUCUAACAAUGAYAUAGUGAUGCAUACAACAGCUGCUUUAGCUAAUGUAGCCAUGAACAUAAACAACCAUAUGCAGCUUGAAAGGUCAGGAGUAAUAGAUGCUUUCCUUCAUCUUAGUUUUAAAUUGACCAUCAUUAAUCAUGCAGCGUCAUCGAUUUCUCCAUUGAGUGGUUUAUCGUUGCCAAGCAAUCACCAAUCAGUGGCUUCCUCAGAAGAGCUCCUGAUUGGGUCCUUUCAUCAAGCAGUGCAUUCUGGGAUUCCUAAUUAUGCCAAACCGCAGCUCAAAAGAAAUCUUUCGCGUGAAAGUGAAGGAAGUGAACCAUCUCCAACCGAGUACAAUCCACUGGAUCCCUCUCURCAGUCUAAUAGAAUAAGCCCCUCAGGACCCCCCACAAGACAUCGUUACCUAUCGAGUAGUAGUACAAGCUCCUCGAUUGGUUGUGCGUCACCUGGAUACACCACCAAAGAACCUUCCCCCUCCCCCCAAGUAGUUGAAAAUAGUGGUUUGAAAUUUGACACUGAGAAUUUUAAUCGAAUGUUUGGGCUUAGUUUGCAUGGUCAGCUGUUGAUAUGCCGCUGUCCACCUGACGCACUGCUUCCAGGKUUUAAUAGGCGCAACUUUACAGCUUAUGACCUUCUACAACAUCCCAAAGAGCUCGCUCGACAAAUAACAAUCAUUGACCAUGAGUAUUUUUGUGCAGUGACUGCAGACGACGUUCAAAAGAAGGUUGCACUUGGUACUGGAAAGAAGAAGAGCGAACAAGAACCUCGAUUACUUGUCGAACGAGUUGCUGAUCGAUUUAACCAGCUAAGUACGUGGGUUGUUGCAAGUGUCCUGUCUGAAGGUAGCCCAGAGAAACGCGCCGUGAUGUUUGAGAAUUUUAUAGAAACAGCCAAGCAAUGUCUUGAGUUCAGGAAUUUUAAUGCAGUAAUGGCCAUUGUUGUAGCUGCUUUGGGUGCAGCACCAAUCAGACGACUGGCAAAGACCAGAGAGUUUAUUUCAAAGGAUGUCCUCGAUUUACACUGCAAGUUUGAAAUGCUGAUGGAUCCUAAGGACAACUAUAAGAGAUACAGGACAACACUGAAGUCUUCGCCCACUCCCGCUGUACCUUAUUUUGGUGUUUAUAUGAAGGAUCUCACGUUUAUUGCCGAGGGAAAUCCAGACUUACUAAAAGGAGGACUAGUUAAUUUGAGCAAAAGACGUCAGAUCUAUUUAGUUAUCAAUGAAAUAAGAAAGUUCCAAAAAAAUUCCUACAACUUCCAGGAGGUGUGUGAGAUACGAGAGCAUUUAUUUAGUCAAGAGUUAUUGACCGAGGAAGAACUUCACCAAAUAUCAAGACAACUCGAACCAUCACAGCGAAGAUACUCUGAACCCGACAAAGAGAGCCGUUCGUUCUCAAUCCCCUCAAUAACGCGGUCAAACACUGCUGGUCAUUCAAGCGGCAAGAAGUUGGUCAAAAGUCUUUCGAUUGGUGGAGAGUCCGUUUGUUAACGAUAAAACCGAACACUGAAGGACAGCUUACUUUUAUAUUGGAGGAGAACCAAAAGCCCCCAAAAUUAGAGGAGAAUCUAACACUAUUCAUAUCAUUGGUGGAGAACCAAUUUCACACAGUUAGUGGAGAUUCGCAUCCUUCCUCGAUAAAUGGAGAACCUUACUUUCAUAUCAAUGAAAUGAGAAUCUCCAAAAUGAAUUUAUUGAUUAGCAUCUAAUCGAAGCCAAUAAUAUAGAUUUCAGAUAAAGAAACAUUUGCACAAAGAUUAUAUUUAUUUCUGGUUUCCAAGUUCCUGAGUGACAAGUGUUGUGCGUGGACGUUUCAGAAUGUUAUAGUUUUAGGAUGCUUGUUGGACGUUUGUGUUGGCGUAAGAAAUCCCAGAGAAUUUUAAUUUCUUGUCUUCUAUCCUUCCAGUUCCUUUUUCCCGUAAAGAAGCAAUUGCUACCGGGGCUGUUGAUGUCUGUUGAUGUCUUGCAUACAGGCAAAUUAAGGAAACGAUUAUACUUGAUCUAUGAACCACACAAAAAGAUUACAAUGAUGGCAUCCACUGUCAU